CCCACGUGACGGGCGGUGGCGUCGUCGCGGCCGGAUGACGCCAUCAGGAGGCGCCCGGUUGCCGUGGCGCUGGCCAUGGCGGCGGCGGCGGCGGGAGCGGAGGCGGAGCGGUGGCGGCGGCUGCUCCGCGGGGUGACCCGCCUGCAGGCCUGCGUGCGGGGGCACCUGCUGCGGCGGCGGUUCCAGAGCCUGCGGGCGCAGUACGAGGCCGUGGUGCGGGAGAUCGAAGGAGACCUGGAGCAGCUGGAGUGGAGGGGACAGUUCCUGCCGCGCCCCGUGUUCGUCCCCAAGAAGCCACCGCAGGAGAAGCCUUCGGCUCCGCAGGAAUCUGUACCGAGUGACGCGGCCAGCGCAGAAAAACCGCAGGACAAGCCCGAACCUGAACGGGACCAGGGCUGCAGCAGCGGGAACGCUACAGCCCAGCUGCAAAGUGAGAAAGAACCGAGCUCCGCAGGUGAAGGCCACGCAGCGAGCCCCAAAAAUCUUGGAGCUGAUGCAAAGAAAUGCACUGAAAAGUCUCCAGGAGAGAGCGAGGAUCGGCAGAACGACAGCACCGUGUUGUCUGCGUGGGACAGCGCGGUCCUGCACGCAGAGUCCCCCGGAGCCAGCCCGGAAAUUCCGCUUGAGGACGUAAAGGAGCUUCCUCGAACUCGGGCUGGUCUCCAGUCGUACAGAAAUCACUUGGUCAUGGAGCUGCUGUGGUUGGAACAAGCCAUCGCCAGCCGUAAAAACUACUUGAUGCUGAAAAAGCAGCUGGGGAUUCCUGACCCGUAGGAGGACGUUCCCGAGCACGUGGGGUGUUUGUUUUGUGCAGAGAAGCGGUGAAGCCGCAGCAGCGCAGCUGUGACGUGACCUCGCCAACAGCAGCAGCUUCAGGGAGCUCCAGCUCUGCAGGUUGGUGUCUUCCACUUCAGAAGAAUGUGGCAAGAAAGCCUUUUAUUUCUUUUAAACGUGAAGAUUUGGUGAAAGCGGGGAUUAAACGUCACUGUGAAGCCAGGGAGGUUGUUGCGUGUCCUGGAGAGAGACUCGGUGAGUGGAACUAAAAUGCCUGAAGGCAGCGGGUGCUUCAAACCUGCAGGAACAAGCUCUUCUCCACCAGACUGUGGGUGACCCAUGUGAACAAUGAAUCACACGCACAAUUUUGUUAAAUAAUGAAAACCUUGUUCCUUUCCCCAUCUCUAUGGUGUGGUGAUGUGGCAGAUGAGACAGCUGCUUGCCUGGGCUCUAAUUAAACUGGUUUGUGUGAAUUGGGAAGGAAGAAUUACCAAAUAGAACACCCGCUUUUGUACCCAACUGCCUGCCAGGAAGUUUAUUGUGUGUCAGAUACUUCAUCGCAUCAUUGUCCCUCUGAUUUGGAACGCUGGCAGCAACGAAACCCGUUCCACAAAAUAUAUACAUCUGUUUUGUGUUGGUUUAGGAGCAUCUGCCCAUCAUAGUAAUAAACAGCUCUUGUAUUAA